GCUCGUGCGGCCGCGGGGGGCGGCGCUGCGCUGCGCCGUGCUGCGCUCCUGCCCGGACCGGGCCGGGGCCGCUGGAUGCCGCGUCUCCUCUCCUGCUGCCUGCCGGGCGGGCUCCGGCGGCCGCAGCAAGGUGGGGCACAAAGGCCCUGUGCUGAGCACCCGUAAUCCUCUGGGGGUGCCACCCCUAAAAACAGCACCCCACCAUGUUUAACCUAAUGAAGAAAGACAAGGACAAGGAUGGCACGCGGAAGGAGAAGAAGGAGAAAAAGGAGAAGAAGGAGCGGAUGUCAGCAGCGGAGCUGCGGAGCCUGGAAGAGAUGAGCCUGAGGCGUGGCUUCUUCAACCUGAACCGCUCCUCCAAGCGUGACUCGAAGACACGCUUGGAAAUCUCCAACCCCAUCCCCAUCAAGGUGGCCAGCGGCUCCGACCUGCACCUGACUGACAUCGACUCCGACAGCAACAGGGGCAGUGUCAUCCUGGACUCGGGCCACCUGAGCACAGCCAGCUCCAGCGAUGACCUCAAGGGUGAGGAAGGCAGCUUACGGGGCUCGGUGCUGCAGCGGGCAGCCAAGUUCGGCUCCCUGGCCAAGCAGAACUCGCAGAUGAUUGUCAAGCGCUUCUCCUUCUCCCAGCGCAGCCGGGAUGAGAGCGCCUCAGAAACCUCCACCCCCUCAGAGCACUCUGCCGCCCCGUCUCCACAGGUGGAGGUGAGGACCCUAGAGGGACAGCUGAUGCAGCAUCCCGGCCCAGGCAUCCCUCGACCAGGACCUCGGUCCCGAGCCCCUGAGCUGGUGACUAAAAGGUUCCCGGCUGACCUGCGCUUGCCCCCCGUGGUACCCCCGCUACCCCCUGCCCUCCGGGAACUGGAACUGCAGCGACGGCCCACGGGGGACUUCGGCUUCUCCCUGCGACGCACAACCAUGCUGGAUCGGGGCCCCGAGGGUCAGGUCUAUCGGAGGGUGGUUCACUUCGCUGAGCCCGGCGCGGGCACCAAGGACCUGGCCCUGGGGCUGGUGCCAGGUGAUCGUCUGGUGGAGAUUAAUGGGCACAACGUGGAGAGCAAGUCCAGGGAUGAGAUUGUGGAGAUGAUCCGGCAGUCUGGGGACAGCGUGCGGCUCAAGGUGCAGCCCAUCCCGGAGCUCAGCGAGCUGAGUCGGAGCUGGCUGCGGAGCGGCGAGGGACCCCGCAGGGAGCCAGCCCAUCUGGACCCUGAGGCCGCCUCUCCUGCCCACAGCCAGGUGAAGACAGAAGAGCAGAUCGCAGCUGAGGAAGCCUGGUAUGAGACAGAGAAGGUGUGGCUGGUCCAUAAGGAUGGCUUCUCACUGGCCACUCAGCUCAAAUCCGAGGAGCUCAGCUUGCCCGAGGGGAAGGUGCGCGUGAAGCUAGACCAUGAUGGAGCCAUCCUGGAUGUGGACGAGGAUGAUGUGGAGAAGGCUAAUGCUCCCUCCUGCGACCGUCUGGAGGAUCUGGCCUCGCUGGUGUACCUCAAUGAGUCCAGCGUCCUGCACACGCUGCGCCAGCGCUAUGGUGCCAGCCUGCUGCACACGUACGCCGGCCCCAGCCUGCUGGUCCUCAGCCCCCGGGGGGCCCCCGCUGUGUACUCGGAGAAGGUGAUGCACAUGUUCAAGGGGUGUCGGCGGGAGGACAUGGCCCCCCACAUCUAUGCCGUGGCCCAGACCGCAUACAGGGCGAUGCUGAUGAGCCGUCAGGACCAGUCCAUCAUCCUCCUGGGCAGUAGUGGCAGUGGCAAGACCACCAGCUGCCAGCAUCUGGUGCAAUAUUUGGCCACCAUCGCAGGCACCAGCGGGAAUAAGGUGUUUUCUGUGGACAAGUGGCAGGCUCUGUACACCCUCCUGGAAGCCUUUGGGAACAGCCCCACCAUCAUGAACAGCAACGCCACCCGCUUCUCCCAGAUCCUCUCCCUGGACUUUGACCAAGCCGGCCAGGUGGCCUCAGCCUCCGUUCAGACAAUGCUUCUGGAGAAGCUGCGUGUGGCACGACGCCCAGCCGGUGAGGCCACAUUCAAUAUCUUCUACUACCUGCUGGCCUGUGGGGAUGGCACCCUCAGGACAGAGCUCCACUUGAACCACUUGGCAGAGAACAAUGUGUUUGGGAUUGUACCACUGGCCAAGCCUGAGGAGAAGCAGAAGGCGGCUCAGCAGUUCAGCAAGCUCCAGACGGCCAUGAAGGUGCUGGGCAUCUCCCCCGACGAACAGAAAGCCUGCUGGCUCAUCCUGGCUGCCAUCUACCACCUGGGGGCUGCAGGCGCCACCAAAGAGGCCCCCGAGGAGCAAGCGGAAGCUGCCGAAGCUGGGCGCAGGCAGUUUGCCCGCCACGAGUGGGCCCAGAAGGCUGCGUACCUGCUGGGCUGCAACCUGGAAGAGCUGUCCUCGGCCAUCUUCAAGCACCAGCACCAGGGCGGCACCCUGCAGCGCUCCACCUCCUUCCGCCAGGGCCCCGAGGAGAGCAGCCUGGGGGACAGCACAGGCCCCAAACUGAGUGCACUGGAGUGCUUGGAGGGCAUGGCGUCCGGCCUCUACAGCGAGCUCUUCACGCUUCUCAUCUCCCUGGUGAACAGGGCUCUCAAGUCCAGCCAGCACUCGCUCUGCUCUAUGAUGAUUGUGGACACUCCCGGCUUCCAGAACCCUGAGCAGGGUGGGUCGGCCCGCGGGGCCUCCUUUGAGGAGCUGUGCCACAACUACGGCCAGGACCGGCUGCAGAGGCUGUUCCAUGAGCGCACCUUUGUGCAGGAGUUGGAAAGAUACAAGGAGGAGAACAUCGAGCUGGCGUUUGACGACUUGGAGCCAGCCACGGAUGACUCUGUGGCCGCCGUGGACCAGGCCUCCCAUCAGUCCCUGGUCCGCUCACUGGCCCGCACGGAUGAGGCGAAGGGCCUGCUAUGGUUGUUGGAAGAGGAGGUGCUGGUGCCAGGGGCCACUGAGGACGCCCUCCUGGAGCGCCUUUUCUCCUACUAUGGCCCCCAGGAAGGUGACCGAAAAGGCCAAAGCCCCCUCCUGCGCAGCAGCAAACCGCACCAUUUUCUCCUGGGCCACAGCCAUGGCACCAACUGGGUGGAGUACAACACGGCCGGCUGGCUGAGCUACACCAAGCAGAACCCGGCCACCCAGAACGCCCCCCGGCUCCUGCAGGACUCCCAGAAAAAAAUCAUCAGCAACCUGUUUCUGGGCCGGGCGGGCAGCGCCACGGUGCUCUCAGGCUCCAUUGCUGGCCUGGAGGGCGGCUCGCAGUUGGCGCUGCGCCGGGCCACCAGCAUGCGGAAGACCUUCACCACAGGGAUGGCGGCUGUCAAGAAGAAGUCCCUGUGCAUCCAGAUUAAGCUGCAGGUGGACGCCCUCAUUGACACCAUCAAGAAGUCAAAGCUGCAUUUCGUGCAUUGCUUCCUGCCUGUGGCAGAGGGCUGGGCCGGGGAGCCCCGUUCCGCCCACUCCCGCAGAGUCAGCUGCAGCAGUGAGCUGGACCUGCCCCCCGGAGACCACUGCGAGGCCGGGCUCCUGCAGCUGGAUGCGCCCCUGCUCCGCGCCCAGCUUCGAGGCUCCCGCCUGCUUGAUGCCAUGCGCAUGUACCGCCAAGGUUACCCUGACCACAUGGUGUUUUCUGAGUUCCGCCGCCGCUUCGACGUCCUGGCCCCGCACCUGACCAAGAAACACGGGCGCAACUACAUUGUGGUGGAUGAAAAGCGGGCGGUGGAGGAGCUGCUGGAGUCCUUGGACCUGGAGCAGAGCAGCUGCUGCAUGGGCCUGAGCCGGGUGUUCUUCCGGGCAGGCACACUGGCGCGGCUGGAGGAGCAGCGGGAUGAACAAACCAGCAGGAACCUGACCCUGUUCCAGGCAGCCUGCAGGGGCUACCUGGCCCGUCAGCACUUCAAGAAGAAAAAGAUCCAAGACCUGGCCAUUCGCUGUGUGCAGAAGAACAUCAAGAAGAACAAAGGGGUGAAGGACUGGCCCUGGUGGAAGCUCUUCACCACGGUGCGACCCCUCAUUGAGGUACAGCUGUCGGAGGAGCAGAUCCGGAACAAAGACGAAGAGAUCCAGCAGCUGAGGAGCAAGCUUGAAAAGGUGGAGAAGGAGCGGAACGAGCUGCGGCUCAGCAGUGACCGGCUGGAGACCCGGAUCUCGGAGCUGACAUCGGAGCUGACGGAUGAACGUAACACGGGAGAGUCCGCCUCCCAGCUGCUGGACGCGGAGACCGCCGAGAGGCUCCGGGCUGAGAAGGAGAUGAAGGAGCUGCAGACCCAGUAUGAUGCACUGAAGAAGAAAAUGGAGGUGAUGGAAAUGGAGGUGAUGGAGGCCCGUCUCAUCCGGGCAGCUGAGAUCAACGGGGAAGUGGAUGAUGAUGACACAGGUGGCGAGUGGCGCCUGAAGUAUGAGCGAGCGGUGCGGGAGGUGGACUUCACCAAGAAGCGGCUCCAGCAGGAGUUUGAGGACAAGCUGGAGGUGGAGCAGCAGAACAGGAGGCAGCUGGAGAGGCGGCUUGGAGACCUGCAGGCAGAUAGUGAUGAGAGCCAGCGGGCCCUGCAGCAGCUCAAGAAGAAGUGCCAGCGGCUGACGGCCGAGCUGCAGGACACCAAGCUGCACCUGGAGGGCCAGCAGGUCCGCAACCACGAGCUGGAGAAGAAACAGAGGAGGUUUGACAGUGAGCUCUCGCAGGCACAUGAGGAGGCCCAGCGGGAGAAGCUGCAGCGGGAGAAGCUGCAGCGGGAGAAGGACAUGCUCCUCGCCGAGGCUUUCAGCCUGAAGCAGCAAAUGGAGGAAAAAGACAUGGACAUUGCGGGAUUCACCCAGAAGGUUGUGUCAUUGGAGGCUGAGCUCCAGGACAUUUCUUCCCAAGAGUCCAAGGAUGAGGCCUCUUUGGCCAAGGUCAAGAAACAGCUCCGAGACCUGGAGGCCAAGGUCAAGGAUCAGGAGGAGGAGCUGGAUGAGCAGGCGGGGACCAUCCAGAUGCUGGAGCAGGCCAAGCUGCGGCUCGAGAUGGAGAUGGAGCGGAUAAGGCAGACCCAUUCCAAGGAGAUGGAGAGUCGGGAUGAGGAGGUGGAGGAGGCCCGGCAGUCAUGUCAGAAAAAGUUAAAGCAAAUGGAAAUACAGCUCGAGGAGGAGUAUGAGGACAAGCAGAAGGUGCUGCGGGAAAAGCGGGAGCUGGAGAACAAGGUGACCACGCUCAGUGACCAGGUGAACCAGCGAGACUUUGAGUCAGAGAAGCGGCUCCGGAAAGACCUGAAGCGCACCAAGGCCCUGCUGGCAGAUGCUCAGAUCAUGCUGGACCACCUGAAGAACAACGCACCCAGCAAGAGGGAGAUCGCCCAGCUGAAGAACCAGCUGGAGGAGUCAGAGUUCACCUGUGCAGCAGCCGUGAAAGCGCGCAAAGCAAUGGAGGUGGAGAUCGAAGACCUGCACCUGCAGAUUGACGACAUCGCCAAAGCCAAGACGGCGCUGGAGGAGCAGCUGAGCCGCCUUCAGCGUGAGAAGAAUGAGAUCCAGAGCCGGCUGGAGGAGGACCAGGAGGACAUGAAUGAGCUGAUGAAAAAGCACAAGGCAGCUGUGGCUCAGGCCUCCCGGGAUCUGGCUCAGAUGAAUGAUCUCCAGGCUCAGCUAGAAGAAGCCAACAAAGAGAAGCAAGAGCUACAGGAGAAGCUACAAGCCCUCCAGAGCCAAGUGGAGUUCCUGGAGCAGUCCAUGGUGGACAGGUCCCUGGUGAGCAGGCAGGAAGCUAAGAUCCGGGAGCUGGAGACACGCCUGGAGUUCGAAAGGACCCAAGUGAAGCGGCUGGAGAGCCUGGCCGGCCGGCUCAAGGAGAACAUGGAGAAGCUGACUGAGGAACGGGAUCAGCGCACGGCGGCUGAGAACCGGGAGAAGGAGCAGAACAAGCGGCUGCAGCGGCAGCUCCGGGACACCAAGGAGGAGAUGGGCGAGCUUGCCAGGAAGGAGGCCGAGGCAAGCCGCAAGAAGCACGAACUGGAGAUGGAUCUGGAGAGUCUGGAAGCUGCUAACCAGAGCCUGCAGGCUGAUCUGAAACUGGCGUUCAAGCGCAUCGGGGACCUGCAGGCCGCCAUUGAGGACGAGAUGGAGAGUGAUGAGAACGAGGACCUCAUCAACAGUUUGCAGGACAUGGUGACAAAGUAUCAGAAAAGAAAGAAUAAACCCGAGGGGGACUCAGAUGUGGACUCAGAGCUGGAGGACCGGGUCGACGGGGUCAAGUCAUGGUUGUCCAAAAACAAGGGGCCUUCCAAGGCGGCUUCCGAUGAUGGCAGCUUGAAGAGUUCUAGCCACCAGCACAGUUCCUGUCCACCAGGAAAACAGUAGUCCUGAAACCCUACACACCGCCACCUCCAACAAGGAUUGGAUUCACCGUGGCCAGAGUGGGCACCAAGCCAGAAGCUAGCCAACCAGUACAGAGCUGGCAGAGAAGGUCCAGGGGAGGGAGGACCUAGUUGGACUCAGCAUGAACUGGCUUUGGGUGAAUAAACUGCCAAGAGUGGGGGCAGUUUAGCUUCCCACCUGGUGAUGGGGACCUGCAAGAAUGCAGAACACGAAAGCAUCCAUAGCAAAGGCAAGGGGAGGGGGCUGCUCGCCCAGUGGGAAUUAGCUUAUGCACCAAAUCGUUUGUGACAGCGUUGAGCAGGAGACACUGGCUUGUGAGGAGGAAAGCUUUUGAAACAAUGUGGUUAAAAUGUUCAAAUUACAGCCCUGACUCUUGCCCCAGGGAAGGGAGCCAGCUGCCUGCUGUUGACUCUCCGACAGCUGUGGCUGUAGAAGCCACAAAGGAAACUGGCUAAAGAGCACCCAGGGUGGGAGCAGGGGUGUCUUGUGGCUGCACAGAGCAGGGGAGAGAGGCCUGGCAUUUAGCCCUCCCGGCUGCCUCUACCACUGCACCCAGCAUCUGGAUGGAACAGUGUUGAAACCCAGCUGUCGUUUAUCCAGGUGUCUGCCUGGCAGGCACAGAAAUAUGGAAGUGGGGUCUGCAGCUCCACUCUGAGGAGAGGUGUGAGGAUGGAAAGGAACACCCCAUUUGCAUCUGGGUCCCAGCCCUGGCAUCUACCUCACCCCCCUCUGCCCACAAAAUAACCCCACUGUCUUUCCACAAAGCCAUUCCUUCCUUUGCCCAACAGCAGACCUUAGCGUUGGGUGCCCAGAAGUUGUCUAAAAAAUGAAAAUAAAAUCAGGCUCCCGCUAGUUCAGAAUUCAAACAACCCAAAAGCUAAAAUAACCCCAGUUUUUUCUAUGUUGCACAGUCAUUGUUGAGCUUUAUAAUUUUGUCACUGAGACGUCCCAGAGUCCUUAAGUGCCUUUGGCCCAUCAAAGUAAAACUCAUUUAUGUUCAGACUAGUUUGUAUUAAAUGUGUUUUGUGCUAUUCUGAUUCCUUUAAAAAUGGUAAUUCGUUCAUGAGAAAUACGAUAACUAUUAACCAGACUGCCCCAUUCCUAAACCGUUUUGCAUAAUUGAACAGGCUCUUCUAUCAGGCUCUUCCAUCUCCCCAGGGAGAGAGAAAGAAAGACCUGUCUUUACACACCCCCUGGGCUCUCGCCCAGGCCGGUGGGGAGAAUGCAGGUUUCAUCUGGUUUUCUCCUCAGGUCACCGGUCUGGCAGCAAGGUGGAGUCAUCAAAAGGCUUUGAGGUCUAAGGUCCCAGGUUCAGAUUUACAUACUGGCUGUGUGACCUUGGGCAAGGUGCUUCGUCUCUUUGAACCAGCUUCCUCAUGCCAUUUCAUGUGGUGAAGAAUAAGAUAGCACAUCCAGAGUGCCUAAGACAGUGUCUCACAUUACAGGAAAUAUUCAGUGAUGAAAUCCUUUCUUCAACACAGUUGGAAAAGCUGAGCAUGUGGUUCUUUCUUGCAGAACGCUGUGUCCUCCUCUUUUGGUUUGGAGAUAGAAGAACUUGGAAAGCGCUAGUAAACAAGGGCCUUCCUCAGAUUCUUAAAUCAGAAUUGUAGACAGUGGGAUCACAGGAUUCCUGUUUAUCCUAGCGGAAGCUCUCUAGGAUCUGGAAGCAGGGCUGUGUCCCUGAGAGCACUGGGCAGGGAGGGGCCCAUUGAGUGCAGGGCACUGGUAGGGGUGGAGCCACCCUGGGCUGCAUUUUCUCCAG